GCAACGGAAAAUGGAGGCAAAUAUCAUUGACUUCCUUCUUCACUACUUCAAAACUCUUCUUCUCUCACUAACACACACAUAUUUUGAAUUCUUAUUCCACCAUUGUUAUGGAGCAGAAGCAGAAGCAGAAGGCGAUAUUACAUCAAUUCAAAUCCCAACCCCGGCUCCCUAAUUUCCCUAUUCCAAAUCGUUAUGAUCUUCAUCUCAAAACCGAUCUCUCAGCCUGCACUUUCUCAGGAAUUGUUCGGAUUACUCUCACCAUUGUCGAUAAUACCAAGAUCAUCGUCUUGAAUGCUUUAGAGCUUGAUAUUCAUGGAGCUUCCUACUCUAACUCCAACACCCAGAUAUAUAAACCUUCCGAUGUUCUUCUGGAUGAGGAAGACGAGAUACUCGUUUUGGUGUUUGACGAUAUGCUUGGCGUUGGGGAAGGGGUUUUGGAGAUUGAGUUUUCUGCUCCUCUCAACAGUCAUUUAAAGGGUUUUUACAAAUGCACUUAUGUUGAUGGAGGUGUGAAAAAGAAUAUGGCUGUUACUCAGUUUGAAGCUGUGGACGCACGAAAGUGUUUUCCAUGUUGGGAUGAACCUGCCUUGAAGGCGAGCUUCAAAAUUACGUUAGAUGUAUCAAAAGAGUUGAUGGCACUAUCGAACAUGCCUGUUUUUGAUGAAAAGCUCAUUGGGGAUGUUAAGACCGUUUAUUUUGAGGAAUCUCCACAUAUGUCAACCUAUUUGGUGGCCUUUGUUAUUGGUUUAUUUGAUUAUAUUGAAGAAACCACAGUAGACGGGAUAAAGGUUCGUGUAUAUUGUCCUUUGGGAAAGAGCGAAGAAGGGAGAUAUUCCCUAAGCCUUGCUAUCAAGGUCCUCGAUUAUUUUACCAAGUACUUCUCAAUGAGUUAUCCGCUUCCUAAACUCGAUAUGGUUGCUGUUCCUGAAUUUUGUGGUGGGGCUAUGGAGAAUAAUGGUUUGAUCGUAUAUCGUGAAAACUUAAUGCUCUAUGAUGACUUGCAUUCUAGUGCCAAAAACAAGCAAGUUCUCGCUAUAUGUGUGGCACAUGAAGUGGCACACCAUUGGUUCGGGAAUCUGGUCACUAUGGCCUGGUGGAGUGAUUUAUGGCUAAACGAGGGGUUUGCUACAUGGGUAAGCUAUAUGGCAAUUGAGACAUUGUUUCCUGAAUGGAAAAUGUGGACACAAUUUCUCCAACAGACUGCUAGCGGCCUGGUUAUUGAUGCACUGGAAGAAUCUCAUCCAAUUGAAAUGGAGAUACACCCUGCUCGUUCAAUUGAUGACAAAUUUGAUGCUAUAAGUUAUAAGAAAGGAUCUACAAUAAUUCGAAUGUUACAGAUAUACCUUGGAGACGACAAAUUUCAAAAAGCUCUGAGUGAGUACAUAAAGAGAUACGCUUGGAAAAAUGCAAAAACAGAUGAUUUAUGGGCUGUCAUUUCCGAGGAAUCUGGUACACAAAUAAACUUAAUGAUGGACAGCUGGACAAAACAAAUGGGAUAUCCUGCUAUCUCUGUGAAGUCCAGUGAUAAUACACUUGAAUUUGAGCAGUCACAUUUUUUGUUGUCUGGUCAGCAUUCUGAUAGCCAAUGGAUCAUUCCAAUCACUUUGUCGCUUGGUUCAUAUAACAAACAGAAGAACUUCAUUAUGGAAACGAAGUUUCAUAAGGUUGAUAUAUCAAAAGAUUUUGCUGAUGCUAAAACCACCACUACCCCUGAAACAAUACCAAACACAGGGGUUGGAAAUUUUUGGAUCAAAGUUAACACAAGCCAGAGUGGUUUUUAUAGGGUAAAAUAUGAUGAUAAGCUUGUAUCUCAAUUGAGGAACGCAGUAGAAAACAACGUACUAUCAGAAACAGAUAAGUUUGGCGUCUUAGAUGAUGCAUAUGCACUUUGUCAGGCUGGUCAACAAUCAUUGUCAUCCUUGCUUUCGUUAAUUGAUGUGUACAGGAAAGAGCUCGUCUACAUUGUGACUUCAAGGCUCAUUCAUGUCUGUAAUGGCAUUGUGAACAUUGCAACUGAAGCCAUUCCUGAUUUAGUUUUUGAACUGAAACAACUUUUCAUUAAUGUCCUUCAGUUCUCCGCCACAAAAUUAGGUUGGGAACCAAUACCUGAUGAGGAUCAUUCCAGUGCUAUACUGAGAGGAAGACUUUACACGGCGCUAGCCUCAUUUGAUGACGAUAAAACUCAUGAGGAAGCAAUGCAACGUUUUCAAGCUUAUAUGAGAGAUAGAAAGACCACUCUUCUUUCAGCUGACACGAAGAUGGCUGUUUAUUUGGCUGUGAUAAGGAAAGCUACCGUUUCAAGUAGGUAUGGAUUUGAAUCCAUGUUGCAACUCUACAGAGAAGCUGAUACAGCUGAAAAAAGAGAAGAAAUUUUGCGAAUUUUAGCUGCUUGUCCAGACCAAGAUUUACUUGUGGAAGCACUGGAUUUUCUAGUGUCCGAUGAGGUUCGAGAGCAAGAUAUUGUCUAUGGGCUUGCAGGAAUAAGUUUUGAGGGUCAUCACCGAGCAUGGAAAUGGUUUAAGGACAACUGGGAUCCCAUAUUUAACAGAUACGGUGCUAAUUUUUUGUUAACUAACUUCGUCUGUGACAUUAUCACUCCGUUUUGUAGCAAUGAGGAAGCAGACGAAAUAGAAGAGUUUUUUGCGACCCGUCCACACGAAGCGGUUGCUAUGGAUUUAAAGCAAAGUCUGGAGCAAGUACGCAUCAAGGCGAGGUGGGUUGAGUUCAUUAGGCAAGAUCAUUCUCUACCUGACCUCAUUAAAAAACUUGCUGCCAAAGGUUCUUCUUGAACUAUAUACUCACUGUUCAGUUCAUACUCUAUCUAAAAAUUAAACCAAGGGAGUAAAAAUAUUGAUACGAACUUAUCAAAUAUAUAUAAUCAGACUGAAAUUUAAGUUGUGGAA